AUGACCAACCCUGAUCAGAGCAACAACCUUGCAACGACCCAUGACCCCACUGCACAGCAAAAGCCAUUUGCUCGUGUAUCUAUGGAACCGCUCUUUGAGAGAUUAUUAAAGCGCACAUUCCCCGACAGCAAAACCGCCAUUGAACAUUGUCGUAAGCUAUGUGCCGAAUUCGGAUUCACUGUAAAACAAGAAGCCAGCGCCAACAGAAACAUUUAUGUAUAUUGUUCAAGGGAAGGUCUACCCGAUUCGCAACGUAAUCCAAAGCCAUCACCUCAACGUAAAAGACCAAGCAAGCGAUGCGAUUGUCGUUGGAGAGUGGUGCUAUCAGAGAAUGAGCAUGAGCAAUGGGAGUUUCGCAAAUCCAUGAACCCGAAUGCUUCAGAGCACAACCACGAGAUGAUGUCUCCUGAUGAAAUGGUGAAAGCGUGGCCAACGGAGGUGAAUGACCUGAUCAUCCAUUUGGCGCGUCAACGUCUACAAACGCAUGAAAUCCGCGAGGCCGUCAAAUCUCAGUUUCCCGAUAUCACAUGGAACGAGCGUCGAUUUUACAAUAGGCUCACUGAAGAAAGGAAACGUAUCAAACAACGUGGUGUACUUGAUCGAUCACAACGCUUACUUGUCAUGUCGGCACGUCUUUGUGCUGUUGUCGCAUCGAAUGAAGAUUGGACAGCAGCUGUGGAAAUUGAGAUGGCAAAGAUGCUCGAGAAUUAUAGCCAACUUUCACGCUUGUCAUCGGAUGCCAUUGCUUCUCUUUCGGAUUUGCAUCCCGAUAUGAUCCACAUGGAUGGCUCUAGACAUCAUCAACAACAACAACAGCAUCAUCAUAGUGCGAGUGAUAAUGAUUCGGAUCGACCCUCACCUGAUUCAACGAGUGACAUGGCUUUGGAUGAACCUUCUCCAACAAAGAAAAGGAAAUCCACAUCAUCAACAACGAGCAUACGAGAAGUACCCAAAGGAGCUCAAGUUGUUCAUAUUCCCAAUUACACGUUGUAUGUUCGUCAUCAGCCUAUGCGAUCAUCAUCUGAGCCAUCCACUCAUGCAAGUGUCAGCAACACCGCUGUUGCUGCUGCUGCUGCUGCUGCUGCUCGUCGAACGUUUAUUGCUUCUCCUCCCGAUUUACUCAGCCCACAACAUCAAAUCGGCAACGCUGCUGCAGCUGCAGCCUUUGGUCAAAGUAGUCUCCCACUUGCCUCUCCGACAUCAUCGUCAUCAUCAUCCACCUCCUCACUCUCCUUUCAACGGGGUCAUUCGCAACAACAACAACAACAACAAUAUCCACGUCGUUUUGAUCAACAACAACAACGUGUAUCAUCACCUAUGCAACAUCCAAGUAUUUCACCACAUGAUCCCCCACCAUCCUUUGUCGCAUAUCAUCAAUCACACCAACAUCAGCAGCAACAGCAACAUGAGCAACAACAUCAAACACAGCAGCAUCAUGCAGCUGCUGCAGCCGCUGCUGCUGCAGUAACACCAGCACAAAAUAACUACAAUGUGGCCCAAACGGUUGCUUAUCCAAUGGCCAGCUUUGCUCCUUUUUCAGCACCAUCCACAGAAAUGCCUUUUGGCUUUGAUGGCGGAAUGGCGGGUAGUUUUACACCUGCAGCAGCCCGUGCAACACCUAUGCCAGGGAGUCUUGAACGUCCAGAACCUACUCAUCCACACGAUGUCACCACGUAUCGUCAACAACAACAACAACAACAAACUUCCUCCUUUGGUUAUUACCCUGUCAAAGAAGAGCCAAUGGAUCAACGAAUGUUGCUUCGUGAUCAAAGGAUGCAGCGUAACAUGUCCCAGCAAGGCUAUAUGCCCAUGAUGAGAGGUGGUGAGGAUCAACAACAACAACAUCAUCCUUCAUCUACUCAUCAUCAUCAUCAUCAUCAUCAACCGCCACAACCACAGCAACAACAACAUCAUCAACAACACCAGCAGAGUGAAUGGGCUUGA